CCUGGAGGGAGAGAGAAAAGUGGGGGAUCGGUUUGGUUGGUUGGACUUUUUGAGGGGUUUUUGAGUGACACAAAGAAACCUCUUUUUAAAGGGAGACUGAGAAGAAGAGAAAGACUUCAGCUUUGAAUCCCAUCCCUCUCUCUCUCUCUGUGGCUGCGCCACCACCAGGAGAUAGAAUUGUCCAUAGCUGGCUCGGUAUUUGAUUUACUAAAACUUGAAAAUGUCAUGCUGUGGUGUUCCGGUGUCUCUAAUGACUGAUGGGCUUGCUGAUCUCUCUAGUAUGCAAAGAUGGUCCAUGAUACUGCAGAAUCGUGUCCUUGUUAAUAAUUAGUAAAGCAGUUCGCCACUUGUCAUUCUUCAUGGUAUAUCUGUAGCUUUGUUUCUUAAAGAAUUUGGAGGCUUUUGGUGGAUUGAACCUUCUAUACAGGUUAUUCCAAUGAGCGGAUAAGCAUCCCCUUACUUCUUUGAAGUUGAUGAUCUCAAAAUACUUCAAGGCCCAUAUCAAAGUAUCUAUGGACCAGCAUGAUCUAAAAGCAAGUGGAAUGGCGAAGAGAACAAAUCAUUUAGGGGAGGCAAAUAGCUUAUCUGAUUGUUUUGGAACAUGUACUGAUGGAAAUGCUGGACUUCAAAAACAAGAUCAUGAAUCUGACCAUGAAACAAGUGGUUGCAGAGCUGAUAAACUGCCAGAAACGGCGAGGAAUUAUCUAACUUCUUCCACUGAUUGUACUGCAGAAAAUAUGGAUGUUUUGAGACAGUCUCCUGUUAUUUCCACAAUGAAAGAGUCAAUACUCAGGAAAGAACAUUGUGCUGAAGGUGCUUCUGCAGUAAUAUCCUGUUGUAAUGGACUUGAAGGCCAGGGGAAUCCAAAGCAGGGUGAAGUAUCUGCACUUUCCCCGGAAGGGAAUGCUUCUACAAAGAACAUCUCCAUGAAGAGUGAUAUUAGCUCAGACAGUGGACAACGUCUUGACAAAGAAAAUAAUGAGUUAGUCGAUGGGAGAAUAACUGGGUAUUGGUCAAACGCUGGUGAAAGUGGAUUGAAGUCUGUGAUGCAGGCAUCUUUCCAUGAUAAACCGUACAAAACUGAGUCUUCAUCUUCAAACUCAACACAUAUAACUCUUCCAGCUUCUUCAAAUGACAGCUGCCAGGUAACAUCAGUGGAUGUUAAAGCAUGUACGAAUAGCAAAACUAGUGCCAUGGACACUUCCACUUGUACCGAUUUCAAGAGUAAUCUCGAAGAGCCUGCAGUCCGAAUUUUAGCAGUGGGUAUGGCAUCACAAGCUUCCAAAGAUGUGCUAGAUUCUACCAUCUUUCAUCCUGGAAAACAACAAAAUGCCUUUAAGGUUUCAGAAAUUGUUAAUGUCAGAUCAAAGGAUAGCUAUAGGGUGCUGGGAAUGAUUUCGGACCAUAACUCUCUUACUGUGGAAGAUAUUGAUCUCCAAAAUCCAAACCUCUUUAAGAAGAAAGUCACAGAAGAUUCUAAUCAUGAUAAAGCGCAGCCCUGUUAUGUGCUGGAUGAUGCCCUGGAGGUGGCUCGGAGAGUUGCAAGAGAAGUGGAGAGAGAAGUUGGUACGUAUAGGGAGGUUUCAGGAAGCUCCUCUUCUGUACAUGAGAAAAAUGAUGAGGCAGUUCGUAUGAGCUCUGUUGAUUCUGCAGAUUCAAAUAAAAGAGACUGCUUAACAGAGACUGGAAGUGAAAUUCGGUUUUGCAGUGAACAAGACAACUCUGAUAGUUUUUGUUCUAUCAAAGAGGUGGUGGAUCUUGAAACGUCAGCAAGAAAUGAAGGAUUGUACUUGGAAGUCAAACAGCCAUCACAUGGCAUGGAUCCUAGUAUGAUGAAUGUAUCCAACGAUUGUCUUCAUCAUCAAGAAUCAUCUUAUGUAACUCCAAAACCUGAGGAUGUAGCUGCCAGUGACCUGACUACUCAUAUCUUUGGAUUUGAUCUUAAUGAAAAUAUAUUGGCCAGUGAAGAUGGAUGCCCCGAACAUUCAGUCUAUGAAACUAUAUCUCAUCAUGCAAAAACUGUGAUAAAGCCAGUACCUGUUCUGGCUAAAUCCAGAAUUCCUUUUUCCUUACCUAUGCUCCAAUCGAAGUGUGAAGAGGAAAUAGGUGGCUGGAGGAGAUCUGCUGCUAGUGCUUUCAGACAAAUUUCUCUUUCCAAGAGUUGCAAUAGGAAUAAGUCAUCAUCCCCCAAUGAUAACAAUGACUGCUCAAAACAAUCACAGGUUAAAGGCAUUGACCUCAAUGUUGCUGCUGCAGGAGUUGAUUUUGACAUGGAAUUGCUUCCAGACAAAUGCGUCCAGGAACAGUCUAGUUUAGCUUCUGAAGAGUCUUCUAUGGAAGUCAGUUCUAGACGAGCAAGGAUGUUCCAUAUUGAUCUCAAUUUUGCGAGUGAAAAUGAUGAUGGCUAUCGUCAAUUGUCUCCACCAGCUUCAUUAUCAGGAUACUCUGUUAGGGAUUUUGAUUUAAAUGACAACCCAAUAUCUGUGGAUGCAAGCAUUGAUGCUCACCAGCCAGGUCAAGGCACACAAGCAUUACGAAACGGUGCAUUAGAUGAUGAUCCUGCAGUUUCAUUUAUGGGCAUUGCAAAGCAACCAGACUCGAGAAAUGUUGGCACUGGGUAUUUGACAGGUUUUAGUUCUUUCCAUGGCUUUCCCCACGGUAAUGCCAAAUCCCUUCAGGUGGCUGCAUCCAAUGUGCUUCCCUCAAAUGAACAAAUGCAGAUGAUACAUCCACUGCAUCACAAGUUGAGUUAUACAGCACCACCCCCAGCACCAUCUCAUGCCUUCCUCUAUAAUAAUGGAUUCUGCAUUGACCCCAACAGCCACUCCUCAACUGUAUACCCUCCUAGUUUCCUGCCCUACAUAACAGAUCCACGUGGAACCACUGUCAUCCCUCAAGUUUUAGGUUCAGGUGCUCCGCAUAUCAUGAGCGUUCCUGGUGGAAUGGGUGCUCUUUCUGCCUUCUCGGGUGGCCGACAUAUGAUGAGUUUUCCUGGUGGAUCAGGCCCUAGUGACAUUGCAUUCAUGAGGCCCAGUUUUGACCUAAAUGGCAUUGCUGCUACUUCAGAGAAUGGAAGCAGAGUAGACAACGCCAGACCACUGUUUUUUCCUGUAAGCAAUUCGACCCUUGAAGAACCAGUCAAGUCUUUUCAACAAGUUGCUUUCCCUGCCACAUCCAUGAAAAGGAGGGAACCAGAUGGGGGAUGGGAUUCUCAUCAGCUUAGCCAUAGACAGGUGACUUCUUGGCAGUAGGUUUUGACAGGCUUCCAUCACCUGAUGCUUCAUAGUGCGCUCUUAAGCUGAAGAAUACUUAUUAUUUGCUACUGUAGUUCAUUGUUUAACCUGACUACGGUAGUUACAUGGAGUCAGACAGGCUUCCACAAAUAUGAUUUGAGAAUAUAAGUUUGUCUAUUAUUCUUUGCCCUUUCUAAUUUGAUUGUCAUUUUAUCUAUGCAAUUUCGGUUGUACAAAGGGCUUCUGUACAUAUCAA